UCCUCUUCUGCACUGCUGGUGAUUUUAGAGCUGUCUCGGUGUACGUGAGAGCAAACCUGGAGUAAUGACGCUGAGGUUUGCUGGCUUAACCAGAAGCUGCCAUGGGUGAGAUACCUGUAAUAUGUCAAUGCAAAAACCGUUUUUCUUACUAUGUUAUUUAUCUUUUCAGGGUGGCCGAAAAGUUGAAUUUCCUACAGACCCAAAGGUAGUUAUUUAUGAAAAGCCUUUCUUUGAAGGAAAAUGUAUGGAACUAGAAACAGAAAUGUAUAAUUUUACUGUGGAAGGAGCUGGAACAGAAGAAGGAAGUGGAGAUGAAUGUUUGCCAUUCACUUCGGUGGGAUCGAUGAAAGUUCUGCGAAGCAUCUGGGUGGCUUAUGAGAAGCCUGGAUUUAUGGGUCACCAGUAUUUGCUGGAAGAGGGAGAAUACAAGGACUGGAAGGACUGGGGAGGUUACAACGGAGACCUGCAGUCUUUACGACCUAUAUUAAGUGAUUUUUCAAAUGCUCACAUGAUAAUGUACAGUGAAAAAAACUUUGGAUCCAAAGGUUCCAGUAUUGAUGUAUUAGGAAUUGUUGCUAAUUUAAAGGAGACCGGAUAUGGAUUGAAGACACAGUCUAUUAAUGUGCUGAGUGGAGUGUAAGUGAAAUGACCCAAUCAGGAUCGGAGACACGGGUUCACCUGGUUUUGAGCCUCUGACACGGAGUAGAACAUAUAGUGUGUAUGUGUUUAUAUAUAUAUAUAUAUAGUAGCAUAUAUGUAUAAUUAAUAGAAUAUGUGUAUAUGUAAGUAUCUCAACAACUAAACAUUAAAUCAGCCAUUUAAUACAUAUUUCCACCAUAUUUUCAUAACUGCUUUUUGACCUCUUUCUCCUAUGAUCUUUUUCUCACGUGGAACGUAUCAUUGGAGGGAAAAUCUUCAGGUCCACCUCCGUGUCAUUCCACAUGAAGAGAGCUCUUGGGUGUCUCAUGAUGGGAAUCAAAUAAUAAUAGUGACCUGACCUUACAGGCCUGAGGUCAGGACAAAGCCCCCUCCGACCUUCCCGUGGUCCUGCACCUGCUUCUUUCUUCUUCUUCACUAUUAUUUUAACAUAAGACUAAUUGUUUCAGUGUACCUGGAGUUAGCAGUUAAAUGCUUUGUUAAUGCUAAAGUAAGUUUUUACUGAAAGAUGAUCAGUCAAGACUCCUUGGGAUGCAAGUGACUACAAGCCAACCUAAAUUGGCAUAAGAGGUAAAAACGGAGUUUAUUGGCCUGUGUAACCGAAAAGUCCCGGAGAAGCUUUGCCUCAGUCAUGGCUGGACACAGGAGGUCAGCCUCAUCGGACUUGGUCUGCAUCUUGCCUGGGCUUUUUUCUGUGUUGGCCUCACUCUAAGCAGCCCCUUCCAUCUGGGGGGGCCUGUGGCAGCAUCCUGGGGUCUUUCAUUCUCCUACCUUACUGCUUCCAGCAGAAGGAGUUACUCUAUCCUAAGGAAGUUCCAGGUUUGACUUUGACCCUGAAUGCUUGGGUCGUGUGUGCCC